AUCAUAGUAAGAAAUAAACAGGAAAAAUGGUGAAAAAACCUCAUGUUCUCAUCCUUCCUUAUCCUUCCCAAGGCCACAUCAAUCCCAUGCUUCAAUUCGCCAAACGCCUUGUCUACAAAGGCGUUGACGCCACCCUAGUGAAUACCAUCUCCAUAUCCAACUCCACGAAGGCCGACCCCACCAGCCAUAUCGCCGUUGAAACCAUAUCCGAUGGCUUUGACGAAGGUGGUUGGAUGGCAGCUGAGAGCACCGAGGCUUACCUUAAAUCUCUGCAAAAAGUGGGCUCCCAAACUCUGGCAGAUCUGAUAAAGCGACUUGCUGAUUCAAGUCGCCCUGUCAGAGCCGUUAUCUACGACGGUUUUCUGCCUUGGGUACUUGAUGUGGCGAAGCUGUGUGGGGUUCUUGCGGUGGUGUUUUUCACGCAGUCUUGUGCUGUGAAUAGCGUGUAUUAUCAUGUAAACAGGGGACUUCUCCAGGUACCUCUUGCCAAACCUCGCGUCUCGCUCCCGGGGUUGCCUGAGCUAGAGGCGACCGACACACCGUCGUUUGUUCAUGUUUACGGGUCUUACCCGGCGUGGGCCCGAGUCAGGUAACAGGAUCAAUUCACUUCGGCAAU